AUGGCAGCAGAAGAGAAGAAAGUGGACACGCUACACAUCCAUGAGGCGGACAAAGGAGAUCCGUACUCGGAAGCAAACAUCACAUGGACAGAAGAAGAAGAAGCGCGCGUGCGACACAAACUAGAUUGGCAGAUCGUGCCUUUGGUCACACUGCUAUACCUGCUUUGUUUCCUCGACAGAGCCAAUAUUGGCAAUGCUCGAAUUCAGGGCAUGGGAGAGGACCUCAACCUGGUUGGGGUGCGUUUCAAUUGGGCCCUGUCGGUCUUCUACAUCGUGUACUGCUUCGUCGAGGUCCCAAGCAACAUCAUCCUCAAGCGAGUUGGGCCGCGCUUUUACAUUCCCGCUCUGGUGAUGGGCUUCGGGCUCGUGAGCAUGUGCACGGCAUGGGUGAACAGCUUCAGCCAGCUGUGCGCCGCACGUGCAUUUCUCGGGGUCUUCGAGGGAGGCGUGAUGCCGGGCAUCGCCUUCUUCCUCUCCAGCUUCUACAAGCGGAAAGAACUCUACUUCCGCGUCGGCAUCUACGUCUCGGCCGCAUCGAUGGCCGGUGCCUUUGGCGGCUUGCUGGCCGCCGGACUCGCCAGAAUUCCCGAAUGGGGAGCAGCCUCGGCGCCGAUUCACACGUGGCGCAAUAUUUUCUUCUUCGAAGGUUUGGUCACGAUGUUGAUUGGCGCCCUGGCUCCGUUAAUGUUGCCGCAAAGUCCAGGGACGUCACGGGUUUUGACGGAGCGAGAGAAAUUCAUCGCCGUGCAGAGGCUUCGUGUCGAGUACAAAGCGGGUGCGGAAGGUCAUGUGAAGCCGCACCAUAUCAAACGUGCGCUUUUCAACAUCAACAACUACAUCUGCGCUGCUGGCUUCUUCUGCAUUAAUAUCACGGUACAGGGGCUGAGCGUGUUCAUGCCGACGGUGCUGCGCGAUCUGGGCUGGACGGCGACCAGGGCACAGCUGUACAGCGUUCCAGUCUACGUGUCGGCAUCUGCCAUCGCCAUCCUGAUCGCUUUCAUCAGCGACAAGAUCAAGCAACGAGGACUGUGCCUGGCCUGCUUCACAUUCCUCGGCAUUACGGGCUUCGCUCUCCUGCGCUGGAACAACGACGCCAACGUCCGCUACGCCGCCGUCUAUCUCUGCGCUCUGGGUGCCUUCCCCGGUGGACCUGGCUUCCUUUCCUGGGGCCUCAACAACUGCGCCGGUCCACCGGUGCGAGCAGUAGCCAGCGGCUGGAUCGUCACCCUCGGAACUCUUGGAGGUAUCGUCGCCACAUGGACAUAUCUUGCAAGCGACGCUCCCACGUAUCACAUCGGCCACACGAUAAAUCUAUCCGCCCAACUCGUCGUCCUCCUUCUCGCCAUCGGAGGAAUUCUCUACUGUCUCUACGAGAACAGAUUACGUUCGCAAGGCGGUCGAAGCUAUCGUUUAAACGGCCUGAGUGAGGAAGAGAUCGAGGAUUUGGGACAUCAACAUCCUGACUUCCGUUACAUUACCUAG